CUGUUGUUGUUGUUGCGCUUUUGAUGACUUUCACUCUACAAGGAAGAUAGAGCCGACUUUGGUUUUGUCGCCACGCACGCUCUUUUACCUCACACCCGACCCAUCACCACCAUGCCAAAUUACCGUAGCAUCAACAUCGCGCUGCACUCACAGUUCGAUGUUGAGACACUGCCAGAAUAUUACCCUGCUCCGAAAGAUAGCUACAUCGCGCGUGGUAUCACCGGUUUCGUCCCCGAGCUUAUCAACAACGAUACCUCGACAUGCAGCGUCUACAUGCCUGCCCUGCCAGGUAGCACAUUUUGGAUUGGUUACUCGGUCUCUCCGCCGGUUCCCGCGGGCCACUACUUCCUCUUCAAGCUGUACAUCAACGGCAAGCAUAUUGUAAGCUGGUCAACGGGCAAAGAAAAUAACUGGAGGGGAAAGACUAUGUUUGGGCUGUAUGAGAGGCCGGAAGAUGAGGAAGGCAAGAGGAGAGUCGAGAAGCGGGUGCUACGCUUCACGCCGCCGGACAGGAAGGACAAGAAGUGGAAGGACGUGACAGACGUGUUCGAUGAAAAUGCUUGUAUCGAGAUCAAGGUUCAUCGAGCACACGGAAGGAAGCGGAUAGAGCGAGAGCUGGAGGAGUACAAGAAGACGCAGCAUGCGAAGAAGGGCAAGGGAGUCGACCUGGUGAAUGCUGGCCGCGCUGGCCCAUAUCAGCCAAAACGCUUCUAUAAGUUUGCGCUUAUCGAUCCAGUCGACCAGCCGUUCGCGACGUUCCGAUACUAUUACCGUACCUGGACUCAGAUACGAGAACUAGGUCUACUCGACGAGGAGUGCAAUGGCGCCGGCGAAGAGAACGACUUAUCCGUCAUCGAGCCAAACGAGGCUAGCUACCGCGGGGUGGAGGAAGACAGGCGUAGUCAUGUCUCGAGUAGGGAUUUCGAUGAAGGCUUUCGAGACUGUAAUAAUGGCGCUGGCGGCGAAGAAUGUUCGGGCGAUGGCCAUGGGGAUAACAGAACGGAUGUUAGCAAGUGGAGUCCAAGCAGGCCAUUAACACCAGGAUGUAGGGCAAGCGACACCUCUGAGCAGCCAUACACCUACGUCCCACGUGGUGCACCCGACUCUAAAACCAAUGCAAUAGACGAGCUCUUGAACCACCAAGCCCACCAGCGGAUUAGCUGCGCGCACACCCCGCCCCGGUUCUACCGCCUCUCAGUACCACCAUCGGUGAAGCUCGACCCGCCUGAGCUAGCUUCGCGACGUCUACCGCCGAUUCCUCGGAAGAGUGAGUCCUCGUCAUCCAUAGCAUACCGUCCUCAUCCAGCAUAUCCUGACCCUGUCGGCGACUGGACUAUACCCACUCCGAGCCCCGUGAAGCCGCUUAGAGAUUGUGUUUCCACACCGCCCAUGAAGCCACACAAGGACCAUGGUCGUUUCGCGUCUUCGUGGAUAAACAUCAUGUCCUCCACCUGGAAGCGGUGCGGCACACAGGGCUCAGGAGGCUCCAACGACACGAAUAGCAGGGAAGGAGCUCGUAGCGUGCCUUGA